AUGAAUGUUUGGGUCACAAAACACAUAACAGUACCCACUCUUACCACUCUUUCCAUAGGCACAGAUACUAUGCAACCGGCAGUACAGCCACAACGGGCUGGUAGUCUCAGUUCAUUGAUCAGUAAUAAUAGCGAAGGGAACUGCAAAUUCAGUCUUUACAAGCUAUGUCUCAGCAGAAGCUCUUUCGAUUUGGACAGAACUUCCAACAGUCAUCUGCCAAAGAACUCAAAGACUGCGGCCUUUAUAGUGACCAGUUCUAUAUACGGCCAGUUGUUGGUUGUCGUGUGUCUGGCUUUCUUUACCGCAGAGAUAGUAACGCCACAAAUACCAAGAUUUUACUUUGAGGGCUUUUAUCUCUAUUUAUAUUCUGUGAGUCUAUUAUUUCUACUCUAUGUCUACAUCUAUCUGUUGAAUGACGUCCCGAAGUAUGAUUCAAGCCACAGAUCUCACGCUUCAAUAUUUUUACGAAUCGGUGGUAUUGUCUUUGGUCUCGGAGUUAUGGUCUAUAAUGGGCUCGAAUUUGGAGCAUAUUUCGAGAUUCCCUAUUCAUCUCCAUGUUAUUCAGUACUCUUAGGAGUGAAUCCCAUACUUCAGGCUGCGUUUACUUUCGCACAAAUAUUAAUGAUCAACAAAUUCAAACUAAUCGCGAGAUUGGGAUUAAUGCAUUUGGUGGGCACUAAUUGCUGCGUUUGGAUUCGCACUCUCGGCAAAGAAACACUUCUUGAGCUGAAAAACGGAACAUCGCAUCCAUUUCUGGAAGAACUGAAUUUUCCGCUACGAAAUCAAUUAUCUCGGAGCAGAUCCCGAGCCCUUCACGAACCAAUUGGUGAAUCUCUCGCUAAUUCAACGACAAUGACUAUCAAUAAGAGUAAUCCGUGUCAAGAAGAAGACGUAAUGGGAAACAUAUUAUCGGACGCCUCCCCCUAUUUGUACCCAUUUAUUGUUGAAUACUCUCUAAUCGGAGCCGCGUUUUUGUAUGUCAUGUGGUCUACAAUAGGCAAAGGAAAGCGCAGUAAUCUAUGCAAUGGUAUAGACAGCACAUCCACUCCCACGUCAGCAGUUGGUGCCGGUCUUCAGAUCGACAACUUAAGUACAACUUCAAGCCAUACCUAUAGCACGAACUCACCGGCGCUCUACAGUUGUCUCGGAUCGAGCAAAGGACUAUUCAGUGGAUUCUUAUUUUUGGCCAUUUCUGUCACUUCACUCAUCAUUUUCUUUGUUUUGGUUCAUAACCCGAACUAUAAACUGAUGGCAACUCUUAUCAGCGAUAUUUCCCAUUCAGUGCUUUUAAUAUUGAGUUGUAUCGCAAUUCUGUUGGGAUUUCUUAAGACCAGGCGAAUGAAGUUUCAACCGGGGAUAUCCGAGACAGCAGAUGGUGGUCUACGAGACCUACUGUUGAGGAUCGCAGCGUUCGGUCUCUACACGUAUUCGCUGUUUGGAGUGAUCGCCGGAUCGAUGGAAUUGAAUGACAUUCGCCACCUCUUGGUUCUCAUUACCAGCUCUUUGACUAUAAUUCAGAUAACACUUCAAUCGCUGUUCAUAUCAGACGUUGUCUGUCGUAAACGCAAUUCCCAUCAACAACCGGGUCGACAGUUGAUCACGUUUUUGCUCAUCAAUAACCUGACGCUUUGGAUCGUAUAUACGUUUGAGAUGCAGAAAGUGGAGGCAUCGCCCGUACAGCUCAGUGUCUACGGACUCACCACUUGGACUAUAAUAUUGCGGAUCACUCUUCCCUUAUCUAUAUUUUAUAGAUUUCAUUCGGCCAUCACUUUUGCUGAAGUCUGGAAAAACUCUUAUAAAUAUUAAUUUUUAAUUUGUUUUUUCCUAUCGUCUUCUCAUACCAUUC